UAAAUUUCUGACCUAAGUAAUAUUUAAGUAAAUAAUCAAUUUCUUAUACUUAUACUUAAGAUGCUUUAUGAAUACGGCCCCAGGUCUUUAUCAUCUUUUGUAAGUGAAUAUUUUAUUUUCAGGUUGGUGCUUUUAAAGGCAAACGUCGUAGAGGAUAUUUUCUGAAGACAGAAAAAUUCACUAAACGACGAUCUAAAACAUUUAGUCAGAUUCGAAGAAGUGAAUAUGUAGUUAAACUUAAAGAUUAUGUACUAGAGAGUCUAGAGAGACCUGUGCAAACAAGUACCCCACUGAAGUUUAAACGCUUUCGUGUUAUCUCUACAAGCAGUAGAAAGAAAUCAAAGCUCCACUCUCCAUUCUCCAAACGAGCCAGAUUUAUAUCCCCAGUGUUACAUGUAGCUGAUAAGCACACACUUCUUGAAUCAAUAGUGAAACCGUCCAGGAGAUCUUUGAAAUUUGAAGGUUCAGUUAAAAUCCAGAGCUCAAAGAAUUCUGACUUUGAAUAUUUUGAAGAUUCUAGUACAGUAUUGUAUUCAGAUGAAGCUGAUACCAGUACAGCAUCGUAUUCCGGGGAAACUUCUUUUCUCAGUAAUCAUGAAAAAGAAAAACUUAUCAAGGAGUACCUUGAAACACCAAACGAAAAUGAAACACUUGCCGAUGAAUCUUUCGAAAACAUCAAGGAGCAAAGUUCUGAGUUAAAAUUAUGCCAACUUGCAUUAAACGCUCUUGAUAAGAACAAUCUUAAAGAUGAGUUUUUAAAAUUUUUUGAACUGGUGUCAUGUGAUAAGUUUCCUGUAGACAAUGUGACAUUUCAACUAUUUUUGGACGUUGUAAAGUUGCUUAACUGCAGUGACACCAGGACGAUGAGAUAUAACACUACCACUCUCAACUUUUUUUGGCUUGGUAAACGCCUGUUUGGAAGCAGGUUCUUGCGAUUCAUGGGGGGACCAAAAUCUGAAACUCAGUUACUUCAAGGUAACAUACAUCUUGAACCAACCGAUGUUAAAAUAAAUUUUGCAGUGCCCAGUGCACAUAUACUGGACAACUAUAAUCCUCUAGGAUUUCAUCUUUCAUCUGAAAAUGGAGCUGGCUUGAACCACAAUAUGAUUGAUUUAGCAGCCAAAACAAACAAAGAUUCCAAGUCAUACGUUAUUAGUUUUGAUGGGAAAAAGGUGAAGCGUGGAGGUGAACGUGACUUGCUUGGUUUUGAAGAUAAUCCAUUGUCUGAGAGACGACAAGCAUAUGCUGAAGAUUUGGCAGCCGUUUCAUUAGCCAUGUCGAAGGUACAAAACAUCAUUGAAGUCACUGACAGCGGAAAAGAGUUAGAAGAAAGUACAAAGAUAGAUUUAAUUGAGUGUCUUCGUGCAUGCAUUUUGCUUUUCUCUAAAUACACUAUGACUUUACGUAAACUUAGAAAGAGAAAGGAAAACGCACUAGCAAAUUACAAAGAAAAGGUAGCAAAGGACCAAAGCUUAGCUAAAACCCUACAAUUUGCCAUGGACUCAUGCCGCACAUCUAUGUAUCAAGCAGAGAACACGCUCUCUACUUUGAUGGAUGUACAGUUGUCGAUUUGUCGAGCUGGAGCUUAUUUAAAUGGUUCUCUGGAAUUAUUUGCAAACAGAAAUGGUGCAGUCGAUUUAGAGUUACAGAAGAAUAUUAAACUACUAAAUGCCGGAUAUGAUGAAAACACUGCCACUAGCCAAAUCAAACAGCGUACACCAAAGUGGUACAAAGAUCGGGAAAAGGCGAUGGUUACUGGAAGUACUCUUCAUACAGCAGUAGGCUGCUCUGGAUUGAAGAAAAUCAAACAGCAUUUUGACCAUGUUGUCAGUGGUGUCGACAGGGAAGCACCUACCGAAAUUCAGAGAAAAGCAAUGGAAUAUGGAACAAGUGCAGAAGUACACCAAGUUGCUACAUUUUCUAGUAUCAUAGCACCUUUUCUUUUUCCAUCGCUCGCUUUCAACGAGGAAGGCUACUACAUCAAGAAUGGUGUCAUUGUGUCACCAGAUGGAAGCAUACGAGACGAAACUGGAAGAGUUGUACUAGCUUUUGAAGGUAAGGCCCCUUCUAUGAAAACAAAAUCGCCAGAUCCUAUUCAACACUACAAGGUCCCAGAAAGAUAUAUUAUCCAAACGUUAUUUGAACAAGAUGUGCUUGAAGCUGAGAAAGGGACGCUGUAUAUGUGUUGGACUAAAGAGAGUACAACGUUAUUCCGUGUUCCACCAAGCCCGGGUAUAGUCGAAUCUGUAAAUGAAAUAGUAAACGAUCUGUACAAGCCUCAAGUUUUAAAAAGACCUGUAAAUAGACCAAGUGGUGUGAAAGACUUAAAUGCUAGUAUUAAACAACAUGUAUUAGAAUGUGAAUUCCUAGGUGAAUAUCCAUCAAUUACUGCAGUUACGAGUGUAGCAAGUCAAUCCAGAGCAUGUAGUAUUGACACUGAAAGGGACAUUCGUUCGUUCCAUGAUUUGAUACUUGCCAUGCAUAAAGCGAAAAAAGCUAUGAAAGAAUGUUAUGACCUAGAAACCAUACCAGCAACACAAGUAUUGGUGUACCUACUAGCUGAUCUAGACCGGUUAUGGAAACCUGAAAUUCCACAUGCCAUACCUGUUAUGCAUUGCUAUAGAGGCUAUAGCUUAUCUAUGGAAAUAGCACGGAAUCUUGUAGAGAAAUGCGUGACGGCCUGUUCUGACAAAGGGUUACAUAUAGCAGCAGUCUCUUCAGAUGGAGAAUUCAUUCAAUUGAUGGUACAGGGAAACGAAGGACAACCCCUUACACUGAGACAACUGAGCAAGCAAGUAUGGGAUCGUGUUUGUAAAAUGAAGAAGAAUGACCUAAUAAAAUUGAUAAAAUCAGUCAACACAGAUUAUAAAAUUACCAAAAAUGUAAGUGGGAUUACCGUUGAAAGUACAGACAAUGUGUUCAACUUAAAGACGCCUACACGCGGAUGGAAAAAGAAGGAAAACAAAAUGGGACAGUUGCAAGAGACUGCCACUACACCGAGUUCCAGUCUCAGUUCAAAUGUGACGGUUGAGUCUCCAGAUACCGAAGACGUUGAAAUGCCAGUUAGUAAUGAGGAUCAAGACGACACGAUAGUGUAUGAUUUUGAAGCAUUGCUUACUGAAGACAAUCAUCCUAAGAUGAACAUAGGUCCAAAGGAAGCACAAGAUAUUUGCUACUUAUUGCGUGAUUUGAAACCGUUAAAAUGGGAGAAUACUUCACCGGAAAAGAUAACUGAAAUUUUGAGAUAUUCAAUUAAAACAUUCUUAAAAGACGAACUUUUGGCAAUUGCAAAGUACCUGAAUCUGAAGCUGAGAGGAUCAAAACAUGAAAUUUCUAUUAAGAAGGCUAAGAAAGUGGACCUUAUGAAAGAAAUAUCCGAUGUGCUGCAGGUUCAAGUAGAAAUUAGUAUCAAAACCACUACUGAGAGGAAACGGAAAAAUAAAACAAGGCAACCAAAGUCAUUGCGUGAUUUAUCGUCAGCUGUUUUGACGAAGUCUGGAUACCCGAAACAAGUUCUGAAUAUUGCAUAUGCUGAAUAUAUUUGGCCUGGCGAGGUUAAAAUGUUCAGGAACAAAGGUCGAGUUGCGAAUACAAUUUCCGUGAUUGAUCCAUAUACACUCGAUGAAUUCAAGUUUGAGCCUUACUACACUCCUCCAUACGAGAAGGACUUCAUGGUAUUUACAUACGAUAAAACUCACAUGGGGACUAAUUUAAGGAAGUGUCUAUGUCUAGAUAAAGUUCAAGGAAUAAGGAUAGACGCAUGGAAAACUGUGUCCAGAAUCCGACCAGAUGUGUUGCACCCUACCGUCAUUGAGGUUAAUGACGGCAAAAUAAUGGACCAAAUGAAAGAAUCACUUGCCAGAACGAUGGUUUCAGAAGCUGUGGAAGAUGAAAUGAGAAGCCUUGGCUACGAUCCAGAAGCAACGUUUUGCAAACUCAUACGUAAAGGUCUAUAUGAAGCGGAUGAUAUGCCAGGAGUUCCAGCCUACGACAGGUGUCUUAACAGAUUUCGUCUUAUAAGCUGGUUGCAAGAAGAAGUACAUUUCGGAAGGUUUCCACCUUAUGGGGGUCUCAUAAAAGGAAUGUCCCAUAUACUGUACGAAGGUCUAAGAACGAGUCUUGAGGCAAAAUUAUACCUAUACGCAAUUUCAAAUUCAGGCACGUACUGCGGCCGAGCGCCAAACACACUGUGCAGCGAGAGUUUCUUCGGCACCAUGCAGGAGAUGGAUCCUUGGGGUCAAGGUAUACUGUCAAUAAAAGGCGUUGAAAAACAUCUCAACGAUUUCACAACAAUAACAUCUAUGAAGAUGGACGAAACACGGAAUAUUUAUAUAAAGACGAAGAAAAGCACAGCAUAUCCUAACCCAUCCGUUAUUGAGGAUGUAGAGUCAGAUAUUUCAGACACUUCGCUGACGUGUGAGUGCAGAUGUAGGGGCUUUAUCAGUUGCAUAAUACCAAGGAACCACUUCUUCGAUACCCCAGCUCGUGCACGCUUACAGAAACGAGAGAAACCAUAUCAACCUGGCAAAACCGAUAAACUCCGGGGUGAACAACCAGUACGGACAAGAUAUGGAUACAAGAUUAACGAGGCAAAAUUGUUACCGUCAAAACGCUUGGCGGUACAUCUUCCUAGUGAUAAUGAUGAUGUUGUAGACUGA